UCUCAGAAUGUACUUUUUUGCGUCACAUAACUCCUUCGAAGUGGCGGCGGUUGCUUACUUAUCAUGUACAUUGCGAUUUUAUGGGGAAACCGAUAACCCCGAAGGCGCCCGCCGCGUCCAGCGAUAGCCGCCAGCCAUCAAAACCUUGCUCCAGUAGGCAACUUCACAUUGACGCCUCCGAAAGACCGUAGUAAUCAACUCCGCCGCUCCCGCCUUAUUUGAAGUCGCACAUUGUCCCUAUAAUUAACGCGGGGCGCUGCCUUACAUUCAUGAAUCGCCAAGGCUCCCGCGACUAUACAUAUUAACCUGCGGCCACCAAGAGGCUGCAGCUACCAACGCAAAAUAUCAAACGUGCGAAGGGUGGAAAAAUACAACGGCAUUGCUGCAUGUUUCCGUAGCGUAGCAAAGGGUUUGGGGCUGAGAGAUUGAGGAUGGCAUCCUAUGGCCAGGCAAACGGACAUUUGCGAUCCGAAGACGCCGCCUACGUCUCCACUGUACCAACAAAUAUACACCCAAAAUGGGAUGCGGCUGCGCUACUAGACCGCAGGGCAUCUCAUAAAUCUCACCAACUGACCACUCGAAAUGAAGAAACUACGACCAACCCGCCGAGGACGCCGAGUCUGAUGUUCGAGUUCGAUAGCCCGCAAAGCCAGCCUGCAUUUGCUCAAUAUAGUAACUCAGUGUCGAAUGGGGAUGCAUUUGGUGCGAACAGCCACGCGCAUAUCACCGGGCAUAUGCUCGAGCGCAUCCACAACGUCUCGGACCGCGCAUUCCUACCUCAAAAGCGGCGCAAGUUAGGCAUGGAUAAUAACAGCUAUGAAUCCACGCCGACUACGUUUUCGGGCGGGGGGCAAGAGGGCGUUGUUGGGGAAUACCUGAAGGAAGAGAACGACACCAGAAAGGAGCCCGCUAGAAAGGCGACAGCUCCCGCGGUUGACCUCACGGAAGAUGACGAGGAACUGACGAUCCUUGUAACUUCUGACGACAAAGAAGUUUGCUAUGGGCGUAUUGAGGGAGCAGACAUCAAUGCUUUCAAGGUGCCGAUAGCCAGAGAGGGGACAAGAGCACUGUCUCGAGAUUUUUGGCCUCAUGUGAAAGUUAAUCUGAGGCGGAAACAAGGCGACAAAACCGCCAUAGUGCACAUGGUGGAUAGCACUCGGUCGGUCUUUGGAUGCUUGGAUGUCAAUACGGCAAUCGGCUUAGUGCCACUUAUUGAUUCAAACCUGGGUAUUCGAACUUCAGCAAGGAUCAUUGCCAGGCAAAAGAAACCAGGCGACUUACCCCCUGGCGCAGAUUGCUCUUGCAGAUUCAACCUCGAUCUGACGCUCUACGGCGCUAAGAAGCAUGCCACUCAGAUUGGGAGACAUCUAUCACAAAAGCAGCUGUGGUUACGAACCCCACUAUCUGUUGAAGCUGGAAUCGAUCUCUGCAAUCCCCACGCAUCACUGAAGCAGAACCUGGUUCCUCGCCCUGGGGGCCGCUGCGUCGGCUACGCUCCAGCCUCUGCUGCAUCUAUGCGGACAGUCGAAGAGAUCCGCAGUGAUGUUCUUGGAAUGUUCGACUCUUUACAACAAUCCGAAAACCUUCCAGAAAUGACACAGAACUCCCUGGUUACAACAGAGCUUCUUCCUCACCAAAAGCAAGGUCUCCGUUUCAUGACAAACAAGGAAAAGGAGUUUGUCUAUGGCAGUAUUGAAGAGGCAAACAGCACGCUUUGGCAGCAGGUACAAGGAAGCAGUGGCCAGAGGAUAUACCGCAAUGUCAUAACUUGCCAAGAGCAGCGCGAAGUUCCUCAGCAAGUUCAAGGGGGGAUAUUAGCUGAUAUGAUGGGUUUGGGGAAAACACUGAGCAUCCUUUCACUGUUAACCUCGUCCCUGGAUCAAGCAGAGGCAUGGGCGCAAAAGACGCCACCAGCGCCCGGAGAAGAUGAGGUGAGGCUUAAGAGGAAUACUAAGGCUACUUUACUCGUUUCCCCCUUGAGUACGAUAGCCAACUGGGAAGAACAGAUCGGACAACACAUUAAGGAAGGUGGCCUGAAGUACCACAUCUACCAUGGUGGAACUCGGUGCAGAGAAAUUGAGCGACUAGCGAACUACGACCUUAUCAUCACAACAUACGGGUCGGUUGCGAGCGAAUGCAACAGACGUAUCAAAGGAAAGCCAGGUCCUUACCCGCUUGAAGAGCUUAACUGGUUUCGCAUCGUGUUGGACGAAGCUCACAUGAUCCGCGAGCAGGCGACUCUACAAUCAAAGGCUAUAUGCCGUCUGCAAGCUCAGUGCCGAUGGGCGGUUACUGGAACUCCAGUUCAGAACCGGCUGGAUGAUCUCGGGGCCCUCCUCAAGUUUCUUCGCCUCAAGCCUUUUGAUGAGAAGCGUGCGUUCGCUCAAUACAUCUUGGCCCCUUGCAAGAAUGCAGAUCCGGAGAUCCUCCCAAAACUCCGAUUGCUCGUCGACAGCAUCACUCUUCGGCGUCUGAAAGAUCGAAUCAAUCUGCCUCCUCGACACGAUCGCAUUAUCCGACUUGCUUUCAACCGAGAGGAGCAAGAGCUAUACGAUAUCUUCUCCAAAAAUGCUAGCGACAGGGUUAAGGUUCUUACAAGCCAGCAAGAAAAGAGUCUCGGAGGCAAGGCAUAUGUUCAUAUCCUUCAGUCAAUCUUACGUCUGCGUCUUAUUUGUGCGCACGGAAGAGAACUACUUGGCGAUGAGGACCUCAAGAUCACCGCGGGAAUCACCAAAGACUCAGCUAUCGAACUAGACGAUGACAACGACGCCGACAAGCCAGCCUUGAGCCACAGGCAAGCUUAUGAGAUGUAUAAUCUCAUGAGAGAGACCAAUGCGGACGCAUGUUCGAUGUGCAAUGCCAAGAUUGGACGAGCCACGUCUUCGGAGACUGAGGUCGAAGGGAAGGAUGACAUGAUUGGGCAUAUGACUCCUUGCUACCAUCUUAUUUGCAAUGGAUGUGUGAAGGAAUACAAGAAAGCGCUUGAAUCAACCUCAACGGAUAAACGCCAUUCGAACUGCUAUAUUUGCAAACAAUAUAUCCGCAUGGAUUACUUCGCUUUAAAGGCAGGGCAGGUGGAAGAGGAUGAGACUGCGCGAGCGGAGAUCAAAGAGGGGCCGAAGCACACGAAGGCUCUCGGAAGAUACAAUGGGCCACACACAAAAACCAUUGCUUUACUACAAGAUCUUUUAGCCUCUAAAGCCGAGAGUGACCUUAUGGUUGACCAACCUCCGAUUAAAAGCGUUGUGUUUUCCGGCUGGACAUCUCAUCUCGAUCUCAUUCAAAUGGCCCUCGAGAACAAUGACAUCAAAUAUACUCGCCUGGACGGGAAAAUGUCGCGGACGGCUCGUGGGGCUGCACUCGAAACUUUCCGCUUGGACCCUUCGAUCACAGUCAUACUUGUUUCCAUCAAUGCGGGAGGUUUGGGCCUAAACUUGACGACAGCCAAUAAAGUCUACGUCAUGGAGCCUCAAUACAACCCGGCUGCAGAAGCCCAAGCUGUCGAUCGCGUCCAUCGUCUUGGCCAGAAGCGCGAGGUUGAAACGGUUAGAUAUAUAAUGAAGAACAGUUUCGAGGAGAAGAUGCUAGAGUUACAGGAGAAGAAGAAGAAGCUGGCGAGUCUCAGCAUGGAUCGGGAUCAUAUGAAGAACUCGACCAACAAGGCUGAGGCCACCAAGAAGAGAUUAGAGGACCUCAGGAGUCUAUUCAAAUGAUGGCGGUUAAUGAUUGGGAAUGGUUUAUGCAAAGGCGUUUGGCAUUUAUAGGAGGGGGAAAACGGGCGGAUAAAACAUAGAUACUGGAGCGGGCGGAUACAUGAUAGCAUGGCGUAUUAACGGGGUAUCUUAAGAGGAGGCAGUCUGCAUAUGAUAUCCAACGUUUAUAGCAACCAUAUUUUUUUGCUCUUGAUCGAGGUGUAGUGGUUCUAUUGCUCUGCCCAAAUAGCAGGUCACGAGUUGGGCAUUAGUCCGAAGAAAUAAAAAUAUUCCCC